UUGAAGAAACAGCUAGAACACUGCUUCCCUCGCAACAGUAUUUCUACUGCCGGUGUGUACUACGUCAUCAUUAUUUGCGCAAACAAGACGCUUGACGUAGUUCACAGUGGAAGCCAAAUUUAGAAAUUUGCCGGUGGGUUUUCGUCUCGAAAAUAUCAAUUUACUCGCAAAGCAUAUUGAAAGGCACAGGAAUAAGAACACAAACCAUGGUUUCCCGUGAUGGGAAAAAGCUACUCUCCAAUCUCAUCAGACACACAGGAUCUCAUAAUAGGAGAGUGGAAGAGGAACAAAUGUGGCAGCAGCAUGAAGCCAGUAAGAGGUCCAGCCAACUGGGCAGAGUGGGCACUGGUCAGUGGAGAGGUAGCCCACACAGGAGACUACUGGACAGGAUGGCAGACUCUAUGGACAGCCGUGAAGUGUCUCCACCUAGGAGACUGAACAGGCGGGCACACAUGGAUGAGGAAGAUGGCAGGACGACCGAGAGCACAUUCUGGAUGAGGCAGCUGCAGAAAUUUGAGGAGAAAGAUCCUGACAGGUGGGGGCAUGCAGGGUACAAAGAAAUGUACCCUGAUGAGUUUGCCAGUGAUAGAUCAGACGAUGGAGGUAGUAGGAAGAGAAGUAGGAGCGGAGAAAGAAGAAAGAAAGAAGGGAAGAAGAAAAAGAAGAAACAUAAACACAGACACAAAUCUAGAGAGAAGAGACACAGGGAGAAGAAUGGCAGCUCACACAAAAAAGAGUCAGGGUCAAAGGAAGAGAGGAAAAAUGAUGAAACAGACAGUUCAGAAGAUAGUAUUGACUCAUACACCAGAAAAGCUAAAAAACGGAAACAUAGAUCCUCUGGAAGAAAAGAUACCUCAGAUCUAGUUGACAAAAGGAAACGUAGACUCAGCCCUAGUAAAGAGAGGUGCAGCAAUAUGAAUAGCACCUUGCACAUAUUAGAGUCACAGUCAAACAAGGACAAAAAAUACUACGAAACGGACAGUUCAGAUAGUGAAAAUUUGUACAGAAGAAGAGAUAGAAAAUGGAGAGAUAGAUCUCCUCAUAGGAAAGAUUUGAGGGAUGCAGUGGCUGAGAAGAAAGAUACUCGAAGACGCAAUUCUGAUACGGAGAAGUACUCUGAGAUGCAUGGCAGCUUGCACAGAAUGAAGUCAGGGUCUAAGAAAGAGAAAAGGCAUUAUGAAACGGACAGUUCAGAAAAUAGUCACUGUGAUAGAUCAAACAGCAGAAAAAACAGAAAACAGCGACAUGGAUCACAGAAAAGCAAUGAUUCAUCAGAUGCAAUAAAAAGAAAUAAUAAAAAUUGCCAUCACAUAAAUGAUGUAUGUUUGAGUGAAGGCAGUUCAGUAGAAAAUGAACAGCUACAGAGAAAACAGAAACCCAGACCGACAUUCUUUGAAGCUGAGGCAGGGUUGUCUGAAGUUCAAAUGCAAGAAAGUAGCACCUCAAUUCAUAACAGCAGAGUGAAAUCACAAGAACAAAAACGGUCAAGAAGUAGAUCAUCAGGGCUUUCCACAGUCCAACAAAAAGGACACCGAAAUAAGUGCUACAGUUUCUGUAAUUCAAGCGAUUCACAGAGCGACACUAGAGAUAUACACAGACGUAAACAUUCAAAAGAUUCUCUAAAAAAAUAUAAAUCAAAAAGUAAAAAUACAGCUAAACAUCCACAUGACACAAGUGAAAGUGAUUAA